UCUUCUUUCAUCAGCAGCAACAGUGAGUCAGACACCUCGGUAGCUUGAUAGACAAAAUAGACGAACCAAUAAAGCUCUUUAGACGCUUUCGUGUAUUUUAGCCACUGUGUUUUAAACCCACUUCUGUCGUCUAGUCCGUUAUCCCAUUUAUUUAAAAUGUUUACGUUGUUAUUCGUCAGCAAGCUGGCUGGUUAAGUUAGCGUUAGUAGUUAGCGUUAGCCUAGCUAGCUAACAUCCCCGACCAUGAGUUCACUAAACGACUCUCGUCUUGCUAAAGACUGGACGGAGGAAGAAGCUUCCCCUCCAGCUACAGAAGAGGAGGUCUGCUGGACGGAGAAAGAAGCUCUCGUUAAAGAGGAGAAGGAAGAGAAGGUUGUUACAAUACAAAAACAAGUAGAGGAUGAGGCUGUUACAGUGAAACAAGAAGAGAAAGACGUUUCAGUGAAAGAAGAGGAGGAUGUUACUGUAAAAGAAGAGGAGGAUGUUACUGUAAAAGAAGAGGAGGAAGACGCGUUCAGAGUGAAAGAGGAAGACGAUGUUACAGUAAAAGUAGAGGGUGAGGCUGUUACAGUGAAACAAGAAGAGAAAGACGUUUCAGUGAAAGAAGAGGAGGAUGUUACUGUAAAAGAAGAGGAGGAUGUUACUGUAAAAGAAGAGGAGGAUGUUACUGUAAAAGAAGAGGAGGAUGUUACUGUAAAAGAAGAGGAGGAUGUUACUGUAAAAGAAGAGGAGGAAGACGCGUUCAGAGUGAAAGAGGAAGACGAUGUUACAGUAAAAGAAGAGGAAGGUGCCGUUUUUGGAGUGAAAUUGGAGGAGGAGGAGAUGACUGUCACAUCGAAAAAGGAGGAAGAGGAGGAAACUGGAUAUCUGGGCCCGGUUCCCCAAAGCCAUCUUAAGGCAUCCAGUAUUGAUGAUGAAGUUAGCCGUGAGAUGCUUUUGAGAAACCGGGCCCAGAUUAACACUAGAGAGAGACGUGACUAUUGUGGAUCCUCUGGGGAGCCUCAACAACAUCAUGAUGCUGAAGAGGCAGAGGAGAGUCUCUCCACAUCAGCACACCUCAAGAAACACCAACGGAAACCCACAGGGAAGAAACUUCACCGCUGCUCUGACUGUGGGAGGAGUUACUCAAGAUUAGAUUCACUAAAAGUACACCAGAGAAUUCACACAGGCGAUACAGCUCACUGCUCUGACUGUGGGAAGAAAUUCACCUCUUCAGCAGACCUAAAAAGACAUGAGAGAAUCCAUACAGGAGAGAAACCUUAUAGCUGUGAACAAUGUGGGAAGAGAUUUACGCACUCAAGCUGCCUGAAGGUACAUCAGAGAACACACACAGGAGAGAAACCUUAUAGCUGUGAUCAAUGUGAGAAGAGAUUUGUUACAUCUAGCCGUCUGACUAUACACCAGAGAACACACACAGGAGAGAAACCUUAUAGCUGUGAGCAAUGUGGGAAACGUUUUAAUGUUCGAAGCGGCCUGAAAACACACCAGACAACACACACAGGGGAGAAAUCUUUUAGUUGCUCUGACUGCGGGAAGACCUUUUCAAAAUUAUAUACAUUACAAUUACACCGGACAAUUCACACUGGGGAGAAACUUUAUAGCUGUAAUCAAUGUAGGAAGAGUUUUAAUCACUCAAGCUUGCUGAAGGUACAUCAGAGAACACACACAGGAGAGAAAUCUUUUAUAGCUGUGAUUAAUGUGGGAAGAGAUGUGUCACAUCUAGCAGUCUGACUAUACACCAGAGAACACACACAGGAGGCAUAUCGUACAGCUGUGAUCAAUGUGGGAAAAUGCUUACAUCUAUAGCCAUCGGACUGUUCACCAGCAGACACAGGAGAGAACCCUCGUAGCUGUAAUCAAUGUGGGAAGAGUUUUACUCAGCCAAACGUCCUGCUAUCACACCAGAGAACACAGGAGAGACACCUCGUAGCUGUAAUCAAUGUGGGAAGAGUUUUACUCAGCCAAACGUCCUGCUAUCACACCAGAGAACACAGGAGAGACACCUCGUAGCUGUAAUCAAUGUGGGAAGAGUUUUACUCAGCCAAACGUCCUGCUAUCACACCAGAGAACACAGGAGAGACACCUCGUAGCUGUAAUCAAUGUGGGAAGAGUUUUACUCAGCCAAACGUCCUGCUAUCACACCAGAGAACACAGGAGAGACACCUCGUAGCUGUAAUCAAUGUGGGAAGAGUUUUACUCAGCCAAACGUCCUGCUAUCACACCAGAGAACACAGGAGAGACACCUCGUAGCUGUAAUCAAUGUGGGAAGAGUUUUACUCAGCCAAACGUCCUGCUAUCACACCAGAGAACACAGGAGAGACACCUCGUAGCUGUAAUCAAUGUGGGAAGAGUUUUACUCAGCCAAACGUCCUGCUAUCACACCAGAGAACACAGGAGAGACACCUCGUAGCUGUAAUCAAUGUGGGAAGAGUUUUACUCAGCCAAACGUCCUGCUAUCACACCAGAGAACACAGGAGAGACACCUCGUAGCUGUAAUCAAUGUGGGAAGAGUUUUACUCAGCCAAACGUCCUGCUAUCACACCAGAGAACACAGGAGAGACACCUCGUAGCUGUAAUCAAUGUGGGAAGAGUUUUACUCAGCCAAACGUCCUGCUAUCACACCAGAGAACACAGGAGAGACACCUCGUAGCUGUAAUCAAUGUGGGAAGAGUUUUACUCAGCCAAACGUCCUGCUAUCACACCAGAGAACACAGGAGAGACACCUCGUAGCUGUAAUCAAUGUGGGAAGAGUUUUACUCAGCCAAACGUCCUGCUAUCACACCAGAGAACACAGGAGAGACACCUCGUAGCUGUAAUCAAUGUGGGAAGAGUUUUACUCAGCCAAACGUCCUGCUAUCACACCAGAGAACACAGGAGAGACACCUCGUAGCUGUAAUCAAUGUGGGAAGAGUUUUACUCAGCCAAACGUCCUGCUAUCACACCAGAGAACACAGGAGAGACACCUCGUAGCUGUAAUCAAUGUGGGAAGAGUUUUACUCAGCCAAACGUCCUGCUAUCACACCAGAGAACACAGGAGAGACACCUCGUAGCUGUAAUCAAUGUGGGAAGAGUUUUACUCAGCCAAACGUCCUGCUAUCACACCAGAGAACACAGGAGAGACACCUCGUAGCUGUAAUCAAUGUGGGAAGAGUUUUACUCAGCCAAACGUCCUGCUAUCACACCAGAGAACACAGGAGAGACACCUCGUAGCUGUAAUCAAUGUGGGAAGAGUUUUACUCAGCCAAACGUCCUGCUAUCACACCAGAGAACACAGGAGAGACACCUCGUAGCUGUAAUCAAUGUGGGAAGAGUUUUACUCAGCCAAACGUCCUGCUAUCACACCAGAGAACACAGGAGAGACACCUCGUAGCUGUAAUCAAUGUGGGAAGAGUUUUACUCAGCCAAACGUCCUGCUAUCACACCAGAGAACACAGGAGAGACACCUCGUAGCUGUAAUCAA